CGCGUAAUCCUGCUGUGCAAACGGCCUGGUAUCCGGUCACGCUUGGCGGCACAGCUAUACGGAAGUCUGUCACGCAUGAAACUGUAGAGAUGCACGAUACUCUUGGAAGAGGUGGAGUAGCUCGUGCAGAAUGGCCACGUAAGGCGACCUCUUCAGAUAAGCCUCUGACUUGGAGAGAAUUGUGCAAUUUGAUAGAUAAUAACCUACCAAAUGACUAUUGAGAUGCAGAGUCAAAGUGACAAACUUUAGCACAUGGGAAGAGUGCCCGGGCAGCGAGAGAUUGGAUGCUGCUGCUGUUGGAUGAAAGGCAUCAUGCCGAUUGAUUGAACAUUUGACGUGCAGCCCAAGCAGACGGAGGCUCACGGGAAGACCAACGAGUCUAGUGCUUCAGGUGUAAUAGAUAGAUGGGACACCCGCAAACGUGGGCAGGUCUUUGUCCAAGGAGUCCAGCUGUCCACGAAUCGAAGCGGCAUGACGCAGAUAAUACUGUAGCCCUCUCCACGUCCAACACCUCCUCCCGCCUUUCUCCUUGUGCUUUUUCUGGAUUCCAUAUCUACCUUCUUCCACCCUUCACCUUCCACCCUUCCUUCCCUUUCGGUAACACACGCCUGCCUUCUCUAGUCUCUUCAAUCAUUUCGAGACUUGGAAGUGGAAAGAGCCUUGAUCCCGCCCGCCCAACGCUUCUUGCUUUUGGGGAAAGCACGACCUCUCAGGCUCGUCAGCCGAAGCCCGUCCAGGCUUCAUCGGUCUUUUCGUCGACAGACACCACCAACACACACUUACACUCCAUACCAUCAUCUUGCUUGUGGCACCCGCCCUCCUUUAGAAGCAGCUCAUCAUCUGGCAUCUCAACUCUUCCUGACUCUAUUGCCACCUACACUCACAGAGACUCGCUCCUACUUGUGCCGUCGUCGUCGUUGUCAUAGCUUUGCGCUAGCUCCGAGGUCCACAUCACCAAGUUUAGCUGCUCAAGUUAACUACCACUCCCUCUCGCGUGUCA